AUGCUCCCAUCAUCCCAGGAGCUCUGGAUCCAGAUCCAGCUCUGGGGAUUCCAGUUGCUGCAAGGAUCCAGAUUUAGUGGGGGAAUUUUCUUGCAGCAGGAGCCCUCUGGAUCCAGUUACCAUGGGGACAAUGGUGCCAGAUCCAGUCACUGCAAAGGUUCUGCCUGUCUGCAGUCCCUGGUCCUGCUCCUGCUCCUCUCACCACAGAGGCUGUGCCUGCAUCUGGGUCUCCUGUCCCUGGUCCUGCUGAAUGAACUGGAUAAGUAUAGUGACAUUUAUAACUCCCCUGAUGGAAGCUGCUCAGACUUUAGUAUCACUGACACAGAUGACCCAACAGAUUCAGAUGCCCAGUCUGAACCAGAGGCUCCAGCACCCAAGCCCUGUGAAUACUAUAAUAAUGGUAACUGCCGUUUUGGAAAAAAAUGCCGUGACCUGCACGUCUGCAAGUAUUUCCUGAAAGGGUCAUGUCGAUAUGGUGCUGCCUGUCGUCUCAAACAUACUCAGAGUGGGAGUAACCAAGGAGGAGCAAACCACAGUGGGAACAGUCGGAGACGAAGAGGACACAGAAGGAGGAGCAGCAGCUCUUCAUCUGAGAGCGAUGAGGAUAGUGGAAGGCCCUACAGGUGGCAGUUAGAUCUUGGAAAUGGCUGGGAGGAUGUAGCCAAUGAUUAUAUUCUGGAGGCUCAAUACUCACGGCCCAACACCAGAGGAAUCACCAUUUACAACACUCCUUGUGGGGCUAUCACCAUUGAUUUCACCAAGAUGCGAAUCAAGAAGAAGACCAACCUGAGAGUAAGGCGCAAAGGAUCCAGCCAGACUGAGUGGAUCUGGUAUUACUGUGGUGAUAAUGGAUGGUAUUAUUAUGGGCAGAAGGGUAAAGCCAGCCCAAUUCAGAGCUCUGACCUGGAGAGCGCUUUCCAGACAAACCCUAGAGGCUCAAAGACAUUUAAUGUUGACUCCACAACCUAUGAGAUUAAAUUCAAGGAUAUGAGUCAGAGGAAUCUGAGCACAGGACACAGGCGGAGGGUGGUUCGUCGACCCAAAUAUGAUUGUGCUAAGGAUGGAGGGAAAGUCCCACAGUGGCAGUUUGGUGGGAAAAAUAGCCGCUGGCACACCUUCAAACGCACACAUGGUUGCACUGUCUCUAGUGCUGACAUAGAGGCUGCAUAUCAACAAAAUCCAAAUGGCUGCAUGAACUUCACAGUGGGUGGACAGCCCUACAAACUAGAUUUUUCAAACAUGACGCAAACCAACCUGUCCACAAAUAAAACUCGUAGGAUUCAGCGUGUAUGA